CCAGUUCUACUAACCUUAGACCUUGUCGCAAUUUAUUCAGUUUCGCAUGGCUUUAUGUUAUUUCUCUAUUCGAUGAGGGUUUCCCUGACUUUCGGUCGCCUGCUCUCAAUACUCAUAGAUAAGCAAAUGAAGGCUAAUACAAGUUUUAUAAAAACGCAGGUUGCAAACUAUAGCUAAACAUCUUGCAGAGAACUAAAACUAGGCAACCAGCAUAUCGUUAGAUAAAUAAAACUUCACGUGUUUGCAAGAAAUGUAGGAAAAUCGAUUGGGCUCAACGACAAAGCAUAUGAUUGUGGUUUUUUGACGUGACUUCCUUAAACGGCACAGAGAUGUCAUUUGAAUGUUAUAUCAAUAAUAAACCCAGCACCCCGUUGAAAACAAAUCGCAAACGGUGAAUUUAUAAAAAGCCUGACGAGGCGAUAUGUAUCAGUACCAUCAAAACGCGAUAUCAGCAGGAGACCUCGGCGAUCCUGCUACAUUUUACUUGCAGUUGUGGCUGGGGAAAGUACCGAAUUGAAGGUUUUCGAAAUAUUCAUCACUGCUGAAUCGCGUUUGGCCGAUCGUUAUUGCAAACAAUUAGUUGGAAGAAACUUGAUCAUUCAGUGACCAGCGAAGGUCAACGAAGCACCGGUGCUCAGGCAUACACGGGAUCAAAUUUUUCCAGUUUCUGGUGCAGUCUCGGCCACGAACAAUUUUGUAUCCAUUGGUCAUGAUAAUAACUACCCUAAGGUAACAAAAGCUGUUAUGGUGAACAGAAAAAUAAAGACCAGAGGAUAUUGCAAGUCUCAUUUGAAAAAAUAUGAAAAGCACCCAUGUCAACUAUGUCUUUGUAGUAGCAGCUGUGGGAAACCUGUUGGCUCUAACAGGCGACACAGCAUUAACUUGGUCGUCUCCAGUGUUGCCAAAAUUAUACUCUAAUGACACCGCUGUGAAUCCUUUGGGGAAACCAAUCAGUUCAGAUGAAGAAUCAUGGAUCGGAUCAAUGCAGUACAUCGGAGCUAUGUGUGGAAUUUUGCCAUUUUCUUUGUUGGCGGAUAAAAUUGGCCGGAAGCCAGUACUACUGUUCUUAGCUGUACCGCACAUAUUGUCGUUCGUGAUCUUUGCUUUGGCCAAAAAUAUAAAUUGGUACUAUGCUGGGCGAUUUUUAGGAGGGAUAUCGCUGUCAUCUGUUUAUAUAGUACUUCCGAUGUACGUGGCUGAGAUAGCAGAAGAUUCCUACAGAGGAACGUUGCUGGUAACAUACAGCACUUUCGCCAGUUUUGGAGAUUUGUUACCGUAUAUAGUGGGACCAUACAUUUCGAUGUUUUGGUUCAAUGUGAUUUUGUCAGUAUUUCCUUUAGUAUUUUUUGUAUUGUUCGCAUACCUUGCACCAGAAAGUCCUUAUUUUUACGUUGGCAAAAAUGACUUUAAAGCCAAAAGGUGCCUGAAUAAAUUAAGACACGCCAAAUUGACUUAUGAUGCCGACGAUGAGAUCGAAGAAAUAAAGCUCGAAGUUAACAAAAAUCAAAAAGGUGAUUUCUGGAAUACCAUCAAACGAAAAUAUGUUGUGAAGGGUUUCAUAGUAGCUCUAGGGCUAAGUAGCUUGCAACAAUUGUCAGGGCUUGCAGCAAUUUUGGCGUACACUCAAAACAUUUUUGAUGAUGCAGGUUCAAAAGUUUCACCAGAAAUCUCAUCAAUAAUAGUUGGUACAGUUUUGUUCAUGGCAAGCUUUGGUGGACCCAUGAUUGUUGAUAAAAGAGGUAGAAAGUUCCUACUACUGUGCUCGUGUAUCGGAAUCAUAGUUUCAGAAUCAGUAUUGGGCGUAUAUUUCUAUCUCAAAGAUCGAACUACAGUGCCAGUAGAAAAUAUCAGUUGGUUGCCUGUAGUUUGUUUAAUGGUGUACGUCAUCACUUUCAACAUAGGCUUUGGGCCACUGCCUUAUACCAUCACAUCUGAAAUUUUGCCGUCCAAUGUCAAGUUUCACUUGGCGACUAUUACAGGAUUUUCAGGCUGGCUAAUGUCAUUCUUGGUAACAAAGUUUUUCGGAGCACUUAAUGAUAGCUUAGGAGCUUGUGGGACAUUCUGGUUAUUUUCUGGGAUAUGCGUAUUUGGGUUGUUAUUUAUUCUUAUUAUUGUACCUGAGACCAAAGGCAAAAGUUUCCAAGAGAUACAAGCUAUUCUAGAUAAAUAAUGACUGAAGAAUAUGUGGCAUUUUGUACUUUAGGUGAACAAAAGUUUAGAUUUUUAGAAUUUGUUUUAAUUACCCUAUUACGUAGGUCAUGGCCUACAUGUUGUUUUAUAAUUAAAUACAAUGCAGCUACGUUAUGUUUAGAUUUUUAUAAACUAUCUGCUUUAAACAUUCAACUGUUAAUAUAAAUAAAUUGUCACUAUGGAGUCGUGACAGACUGUGAUGACGAAAGAAAUAAUUUGGCAAGGAUAGGUGAUAUUCGAAAAGAGAGAUACAUUUCAUAUUCAAACGAUAAGUUUAAAAGAAGAAGCUGUAAGAAUAGCAAUCAUGAAAAAAAAGGCGAAUCAUAUACGGGAGGUUCAAAUUUGGCUGAAGUAAUGUGUUCAGAGAAGCGUGCAAUAUGUAUGUUAGAAAGAGUGCGCCGAUGACAACGCGGCAAGCCGCAGCUGCGUCCGUGGCCUCGUCACUCGGGUUGCUAGGUAACGAGGUGCUUCUAUCUCUUUCUAACACACGUAUCUAUCUCUUUCUAACACACGUAUUGCACGCUUCUCGCGCUUCGCUCUCAUACACAUUGUGACGUCAGUGGUAUAUGGAUUUCACUGUAUACGUAGUUAGUCGAAACGUCAAUAUUUCUGAACAAAGUAUCGGGCGAUGUAUUAUUAAUCAUUCAAACCUUACGAAAGUUUGUAUCAUCUAGGUACCUCACACAUUAACUGAGGAACAGACACUGGCAAGAAUAAGUUGAUAGAAAAAAAUGUUGAAAAGAUUUCAAUACAUAGCACAUUGCUGUAAAUCUAAUCGUCAGAUAUAAUGAAAGCAGGAUAUACUUUUUUGAUGCUCCCCAAAGGACAAACUCAGUUCUGAAUGUUCGAAAAUGUAGAUCAGCCAACCCAAGCGAAAAAGUCGCGGCUGGUUGCGCAAAUAAUAAUCAUAUCUUUUUUCAUAAAUUUAGGAGUAGUAGCAAACAUGGUGCUUGAUCAACAGACACAUCGGCAGGCGUAUUGAGCUGUCCUUUCAUGGCCAAAUGUACCGAACAGAAAAUAGUCACUCGGUGCCAUGUCAGGAGAAUAUGGGGAGUGGUUAAAAUGCCAUUUUUUAUAAAAAAAUCGGACAUAAGCGUCGAUCGAUUAGAUGGUGCAUUAUUGUGCAACAAGCGCUAGCUUCCUUCUUCGCGAUAGUCUGGCCGAACACGACGAAUACGCGACAGCAAACGCCUCGUAACACCGCAUUAGCCGUUUGGCCCGGUGGGACGAAUGUCUCUCGAAUGUUGAAUUCGAAGCAAUUUUUGGUCAUACUUGAGCUUCUGCGGAACAAACCAUGAACACACCUUUCUCAACCCUAAGUUCUUAGUCAAAAUGCGAUGGACCGAAUCUUUAGAGAUAUUUAAUUCCAUUUCUAUGUAUCUCAAUGAAGAUUUUCGAUCAUUCUUGAUAAGUUCACCAAUUUUUUCGACGGUUCCUGGCGUGAUCACAAGUUUUGGCUGGCCAACAUGUUCGUCGUCUUCCAGCGACCCACAACCCUCUUUGAACCGUGUAAACCACUCGUGGACUCGGCUACGAGAUAAACAAUCAUCACCAUACACUUUCAUCAACAUCUCAUGCGUUCCGGUAAAUAUUUUACAAAGUUUAACACAUAACUUAAUAUUGGGUCUUUGUUCGAUGCCCAUUUUUCGACCGAUGCUGUCACUUUGAGCGCGAUAACUCCGCGUGAAGCGAUUCGAUUGCCAUGAAAUUUUGACAGCGCAUCAAUGAAAGAUGUACCUAUCCUACGCUAGUCUUCGAUAAUAGAUGGCGCUACUUCAUCGGAUAUCGGAUAUUUUUCAAAAGUCCGGUUUACUUUGCGACAGACUUUGUAUACCAUCUAUUAUAAAACCACAGUGAUUUGAAUUUAAAAAUAUUAAGAAAGUUAAUCAAUCUACUAAGGAGUAAUUUUUCAAAAACCUUAGCAAAACCUGAUGUAAGUGAAAUUGGCCGAUAGUUAGACACUCGUAUUAUCAUUCGCUUUGUAGAUAGGUAUUGAAAGGAUUGUUAAUAAUAUCAGGUUUCUGAUUCUCAUUCUGACCAUACACAUUAAAAAUGUCCAAUCAGACUGAUUUUGUUCCUAUGUGUUACGAAAAAUAAUACAUCGGGUCCAAGGACGGCAACGUCGGAAGACUAGAAAAUAUAUACAAAAACUUGUAUGGUACGAAAAAAAGCAUGUAAACACUAAACGGACAGAAUAAAUCGAGCGUUGUUACCGGGCAGGUAGUUUUUAUUGAGAGCUCCGAAAAACAUCGUGUCGUGUGAGAAAGGACGUAAUAUUUCAGAAGGUGGGAUAGAACUUACUGAAUAUUGAUUAGUUGUGACGGGUUAAUAAGUUAUCGUGUUGCUAAGUACUGUGUAUAGACUUAGUGCAAGAUGAGUGACACUUCAAGUGAGGAUGAUAAUGAACAAUCUGGACUUUAUGUGUGUGCUCCAACCAAAAAACGGAAGAUCGAGAAAACUGUUGACAAGCUUGUGGCGAAAAAAGUGAGUAAGAUUUUGAGUCAACGUAAUUUCAUACAGAGCACUGAUUCAAAAUACACCGGGAAAGCAGAUUUGAUACCAGAGUUUGAUCCGGAAAAAUCAGAGAUCACUGCCAUAAAUUGGUUACAUAAGAUUGAACAAAUUGGAAUGAUUAAUAGUUGGAGCGAUGAACAAAAAUCAUUAUGCAUGCAGUCUCGCCUUACAGGAUUGGCAAAAGUUUGGUAUAACGGGCUAACAGACUACAACUUGAAUUGGGACGAGUGGAAAUUGGCCAUUUCACGUGCCUUCCCUGCACAUACAGACUACGUCAACUUGCUAAAAAAAAUGUUGGCGCGAAGUAAGAGUAAUGAUGAGAGCAUGAUGCAUUAUUUUUAUUCGAAGAACAUGCUGGUAAAAAAAUGUGGACUAGUGGGGACUAAUGCAGUUUCUUGCAUAAUUGAUGGAUUACCCAUACCACUGCAAGCUAACGCCAAAGCGGGGAACUAUGAAUCACCAGACGAGCUGUUCUACGGGUUCCUUAGCAAAGUAGAGAGUUUUCGCGAGUCGCCAGCUAAGAGAAUGGGUACCACAGAAAAUUUUGAUCUACAACCUAGUACAUCUGGACAAUUGACAUUUAGGUGUAUCUUAUGCAAGAAAGUAGGGCAUAAAGCCCGACAUUGUUUACUUAGAAGAUCGAAUCAGGCGACUAGUAGCAGUACUCCAAGGAGCAGUGAUCAAGGUACCCGUUGUCCUCGUUGCGGAAAGAAGGGGCACACGGAGCAGCUGUGUUGGUCCAGAGUCAAGCCGAUAUGUUCGAGUUGCGGUAAAAUGGGACAUAAGGACCAGGACUGUUGGAAAAGACCGAGUUUGACAUCGACCUGCACCACCUGCGGGAAAAGAGGACACCUAGCUGAAAACUGCUGGACUAAGGAACGGGGGAAGCCUAAGGAUGUCAGAAUUUUGCAAAGGCAAGUGCCCAAUUCUUUCUAUAAUAUAGCCAUAGAAAUUAAUGGUCAACAUUUCAAUGGGUAUAUUGAUACUGGUAGUCAAUUGAAUGUUGCUAAUAUUAGGGUAGCCAAUAAACUCAAUUUAAAAUUGUAUCCGACUGAUAUAAUACUGAGGAAUUUCAGUGGCUCCCACAUAGUGCCAGAAGGAAUCAGUCAGGUAGAGAUAUCUAUUGGCAAGAUUUUUAUGACUACGUCUUUGGUAUUUGUAAAUGUUGAAAUGUCCUCAGUUGAUGUUAUUAUUGGACAACCAAUUAUAAAUAGCGAAAAGGUGACUUUGAGUGUUACAGGUGGUCAUAUACAAUUAAAACCAGCUGAAGAUAAUUUGUUAGAUAUGUUUAGUUUCCUAGAUAAUAUAGAAAAAUUGCCUAUUGAAGUUUUUGAACAUGUACAUAUUCCUGCUCUAAGUUCUAAGAGAAUAUUGGUUGCUUUAGAUAAUACCCACGAUAUUGUUAUUAUAAGUGGUCAGCUGUUUACUGGUUCCCAAAAUUGUUCUAUACAAGGUUGUAUUAUUAGUGGACCAGUUCAAACGUUAAAUGUCAUAAAUUGGGGUAAUAAACCUAUAUGUUGGGACAAAGGACAAAUUUUAACAAAGGGGUUCAAGCUAAGUUCCUCGACUAAAUUUCCAGUCAUAGAAGAAGGCAAUGUACUAAGCACUCUAUCGUUACAAAUGGAUAACAUAAUUUGUGGAAAUUUAUCAGAAAAUGAUAGAAAUAAGUUGUAUGAUCUUUUACAUAGCUUCAGCAAAUGUUUUGCAACUGAUACUCUCGAGUUAGGUAAUAGUAAAUCAGUAGAAUUGAAAAUAGAUUUGUUAUCUGACAAACCAAUCGUUCAUAGGCCCUACCGCUUGUCUGAAUUUGAAAGGGGGAUCGUCCGAGAUAAAAUUAGUGACCUCUUGGAAGGAGGUAUUAUUAGAGAAUCAUCAUCUAACUACUCUAGUCCAAUCGUUCUUGUAAAAAAGAAGACCGGAGAUUACCGUUUAUGCGUUGACUAUAGAAAAUUAAAUUCUAUCAUGGUUAAGAAUAAUUAUCCACUACCACACAUAGAAGAUUUGAUAUCCAGGCUACAAAACAAAAAGUAUUUUUGCAGUUUAGAUAUGGCCCAAGGAUAUUAUCAAGUGCCUGUGGCAUCUGAUUCCAUUAAUAAAACUGCCUUUGUAACGCCUGACGGUCAGUAUGAAUUUGUAAGAAUGCCUUUUGGGAUCGCUAAUGCUCCCGGCACAUUUCAAAAAAUGGUAAAUAAUGUAUUGGGAAAUUUGAGAUAUGAUACGGUCGCUGUUUAUCUCGACGACAUACUGAUCCCGUCAGACACUGUGGAACAGGGAUUGCAAGUUUUACGACAAGUUCUUGAGUUAUUUGCCAAAGCCAAUUUAAAAUUGAAUAUAGAUAAGUGCUCAUUUUUCCAGACACAAAUAGAUUUCCUUGGAUAUGAGAUUUCGGAACUAGGAAUAAGACCUGGUGAUCGAAAAGUUAGAGCAGUAGCAGACUUCAAAGAUCCAACAAAUAUACAUGAGCUACGGCAGUUUUUGGGACUCAGUUCCUAUUUCCGUAAGUUUAUAAAAGAUCAUGCAAAAAUUGUCGCUCCACUUACAACAUUAUUACGAAAAAAUGUGCCGUGGUCUUGGGAAAGUGAGCACAAACAAGCUGUUAGUAAAAUUAAGGAUAUACUUAUAAAUAAACCUAUUCUCAAAAUUUAUGACCCUGAAGCAAAGACUGAACUACAUACAGACGCAUGUAGCAAGGGCAUUGGAAGUAUGCUCCUACAGUAUGAGGGAGCUACGUUAAAACCGGUAUAUUACUUUAGCCGAUCAACAUCUCGUGAUGAAAAAUUAUAUCAUUCAUACGAGUUAGAGACCUUAGCUGUUGUUGAGUCAAUCAAAAGAUUUAGGGUCUAUUUGACAGGGAUACAUUUUAAAAUAGUCACAGAUUGUAGUGCAGUUAGGGGUACUUUUGAGAAAAAGGAUUUGCUACCUAGGGUUGCACGAUGGUGGUUGAGUAUCCAAGAUUUCGAUUUCGAAAUAGAACACCGUCCGGGUGAUAAAAUGAAACAUGUGGAUGCUCUAAGUAGAAAUCCAGUGGGCGAUGUACUUAUUAUGGACGCGUCUGAUUGGGUUUUAGCAUUACAACAGCAAGAUGAAAGUAUACGGAUAAUAAAAGAAAAGUUAGCCGCAGCAAAUAACAAGGACAUUUUAAAUAACUAUAAAAUAAGGGAUCAUAAAUUGUAUCGUAAGACGUUGGAUGGUAAGCUUAAGCUGGUUGUUCCAAAGUCUGCGCGAUUUAACAUAUUGCGGAAAUAUCAUGAUGAUAUCGGCCAUGUAGGACUAAAACGAUGCGAGGCAAUCAUCAAGGACAAAUUUUGGUUCAAAAAUAUGACUAGAUUUAUAAAAAAAUACGUAACUGCGUGCCUAGAUUGUCAGUAUAAAAGGGGACAAUAUGGAAAACCACAAGGACAACUCUUUCCCAUAAGUAAGCCGUGCGAACCGCUUCAUACAUGGCAUAUUGACCAUUUAGGCCCAUUUGUUAAAAGUGAUAGGGGAAAUUCAUAUAUUCUCAUGAUAAUUGAUUCAUUCGCUAAAUUUGUAUUUGCUAGACCGACAAAAACUACAAAGGCUAAAGAGGUUAAUGAACAUUUAGACGAUUUAUUUAGUAUGUUCGGGACUCCCAAAAGAAUAAUUUCAGAUCGUGGAAAAGCUUUCACUAGUAAAGCGUUCAAAUUAUUUUUAAGCCAGUAUCAAGUUAAACAUAUUUUAAACGCUAUAGCAUGUCCAAGAGCAAAUGGGCAAAUCGAAAGGUAUAAUCGAACAAUAUUAAACGGGAUAAAUACGUCUAUAGAAAAUGAAAGUGAUUGGCAGAGAGCUCUUCCUAAAGUUUUAUGGGGUAUUAAUAAUACAGUGAACGACACUACCGGGUAUGCGCCACACCUUUUAAUGUUUGGUUAUGAAAAAAACCGUCAUGCUGAUCUGGGAGAUAAUGAGUUUGAGGUCCCGCCCGAUGCUAAGCGAAAGGCAAAAGACAGGAUGGACAUACAGGCAAAUAAAAUGAAAAAACGUUUCGAUGAAAAGCACACGCCUACAAAGUCAUACAAUAAGGGUGAUCUUGUAUUAUGGUCAGGGGCGAAUACAAAUCAAAAAGAAGUUAGUAGGAAAGUAGGUUAUCAAAAGUUUGGUGGGCCUUAUAAAAUCAAGAAGGUUUUGGGAAAUGAUAGAUAUGAAAUAACAUCUUUGGAGGGCUUGAAGGGGUAUAAGAGAUUUAGAGCUAUAGUAGCUGCGGAUAGCUUGAGAGAAUGGAAGGGUGGUGUCGUUGAUAUUACAGAAAGUGAAAGCGAGGUCAAUAGUACAGAUGAGCUGAUUGAUUUGCUAGAAGGUUAGUCUGUAAGGUAUAGAUACAUUUAUAUGUUCUCUAAUUAUCAUGUAAUAAAACUGGUUACUGGAGUUGCAGUGUUAUUGUGAAUCAGUGGUAGUGUGGUAACCGAGAUCACACUAGAUGAAAGGUAGCAUACAUAACUAUAUGUGUGGUAACACAGUUCACACUAUCGAAGAUAGCAUGAGUGUGGUAACAAAGUUCACACCAAUCUGAUAGAUUUAAUAAGUGUGGUAACUAAGAUCACACUGUGAAAAAAAAUACACAUGAAGUGUGGUAACUAAGCUCACACAUUAAUA